ACUAACCGCCACACUCCCCUCAGCGCCGGGCGGGCGGCUGACGGUCGGACUCACCGAGGCGCAAGGGCUGGAGAUUCUUACAUCUGGUUAAUACAGUCCUCAGUUCACGUUUUUAUGGACUCACGACAGUUCUGGCCUUCAUGAACCUUGAACCUGAAGUCAUGUGAUGCAGUGGUCUAAGUUCAGUACAGAAGAGUCUGUUGGGCUGCCAAAGCCAAAAGACAACCUACAGCAAUUCUGAGUGGUGGAAGAGACAUAGCAACCUUUGGGAUUAUUGCUUAGCAACUGCAAACACACAGAGGAGUAAACCAGCCCGGCUCCACAGCAGUGAUUGAGGUAUGGCUGCUCAGCCAGAAGCAACAGCCCAAACUGCAGAUCUAAACCAUCCCAAACUUGGAGGUAAGAAUAUGACUGCCACAGAAAUGAAGAGAAAUCAAGGGACCGAUGAGCUGCCGUGUCUUAGUAAUUAUGCUCCGUGGAAAAAGUGUUUUUAUGAAAAGGUACAGCAGAGGUGUCUGGGUCUGCAGGAGUCAAAGGUGAAGAUGACUCGUGCCCAAAAGGCAAGAGAAGAAAAGGUAAGAAAGAGAGAACCCUGUGACUGGCUGUCCAAAGAGUGGUUCAGUGAAGAGAAAGAGUCACUAGAUACUUGCAUCUAUUUGCUUGACAAACUCCUGCCUACAUUAAUCCCAGGAGUGGAAAAACUGUUAAUGGAAGUGGAAAGAAAGAAUGUGCUUGCACCAGGCAAAGAACCAACCAAAUUUAACCCCAUUAAUUUUCUUGGAGAAUAUCUGAUGAGACAUAACCCUCAGUAUGGUAUUUCUACAAAACCAGGCCCGUACCUGAGAGGAAUGAAGAUGGUUACAGAGGAGCUAAAAACUGAGAUGCCAGGCACAGCAUCAGAGAGGCUGGCGAGGAUGAGGUCUGAGGCAAAGAACAAGCGUGAGGAGAGGGAGCAGGUGGACAAUAUGAAGUCUCGGGUGAAAGAGAUGAGAAAGGAGGCGCUGGCAAUUCAGUUCAAAGAGUGGACAGUGGAUGUCAGUGGCAGAAUACCGGUUGCACUGGUUCAGAGUGCCUUGAGGUCUUUUCCAGAUGUCAUUGCUUCUUCACCCACAGAGGUGAGAAAAGGCAUCUAUGACAGGAAGCUGGAAAUCGUAGACACAUUGGAAAAAAAAGUAAACAUAGAUGAAUUCACAGAGUAUGUCCAUUCCUACACAGAACAUUUUUCAAAUGACAUGUUCCAAAAAGUCCUGAAGCAUCUCUGUCAGUGCGCUGAUGACUUCCAGGAAGCAGUAAGACAUGAUAUGUGGAGGCAGAUGUUUACUGAUCUCUUCCUAGAUUGUGAUUAUGCAAAGAUUGGUCUCCUAGACAGACAAAAAAUACUUGCCCUGCUGGUACACUUCUAUGACAGCACCCCGGUGAUUGCGAAGAGGGGAUUCUGUAACCCAAGACAGUGGCCAAUAAUUGAGCUGCAAGAGAUUGAGCUUGCGGAUUUAUGGGGAGGCCCUGUUGACCAGGAAGUUUGUGAGGAACUCAAUGAAAAGUUAGUCUUGUCUCAAACAGACAUUCCUGAGGGAGAGAUUUCAGCAUAUGAACCUGUAGGUGAUAAUAGACAAUGCACAUAUAGAAUGAGAACUAGUGUCAGAGAAGGUCUUUUUGAACAAAUGGGCAUGAGUGAAGCUGAGACUGGAGGAAUUUCUGAAGAAGAAAAUCAAGCAGCAGAAUCAAGUGAUGCAGCAGUGAGAAAGGAAGGAGAGGAUGCUGCGUCAGUGGUGAAAAGCGCUGGUUUUGAAGACAGUGAUUUGGAUGGAGAUACAAUACAUAGUGAGAAAUCCAGUUUCCAGGAAGACAUCAAAACUGAGAGGCAAACUGAGUCUGCAAGUGCAGACGGACAGGAGGAAGCUUUCCCAGGAUCAGCCUCCAUUGGGUACGGUCUCAGUAGAGAUGGAGAACCCGGAUCUGAAAAGCAGGUGGAGGAAAAGGCAUUUAGACUGGGUAGAGAGCACGAUACAGACACAAACAGGGAAGAAGAUUAUUGUAUCUCAGACAGAGAACCUGGCUCAGAAGGGCAAGUUAGUCAGAAGGACAAUUGCAUUGCAGAGACAACCAACACAAUUUCAGGACCAACACCUGAAGCUACAACCAUGACCUCAGAAGACAAAGCUGUGGCAGACAUGGAUGUCAUUGCUUCAAAACAGGAUGCUCCAGUUGCAGAGGUUGUGAAAGAAACUCCUGCAAGAAAAGAGAGUUUUUCUAGGCAGCAUGGCAGCCGGUUUGGCCAACAGACAAGCUCAGAGACAAGACUGCAGGAUGAGGACCUUCUGCAAGAGCAGGGUGAAGGUCCAGCAUGCUCAGACAGACAGGCUUCUCCAGCUGAAGCUAGCCAGGAGUUUGAAGUGCCAUGGUCAGGUGACUUUCUGACUUCUGACCUAAGUUGCAGGUAUAGCGACUAUGGAGCGAGAAUUCCAGAGGACUGGCAGUGUGAUAACACGAGAUUUCCAGACUUACAUCCCAUCAUGGCAGAGAUUCAGAACCGUUGGGCUUCUGGUACUAGGAGUGCCUUUGAUGAAAGCUGCCUCAACCUGCCACAGUUUGUACAGCUCUUGGAGACUUUUGUUGGUGAAGACAUUUCUCUGCCUACUGUGAAGAGGCUUAUUGCAUUUAUCAAAGAAGAAUACAAACAGACAGAAGAGGAAAAAAUGGAACAACUAGAAAAAGUUCACCGCAUCUCUCGCUUGGCCCAACGGAAACUGCUUCUGGAGGCACUUUUCGAAAAGUGGGACAAGAAUGCGUCUGGGUUUCUGGAUCUGGAAGAGGUGGAUGCUGUUCUAAGCACAUUCAAAGAAGGGAUGGAAAAAGAGGCCUUGAGGAAGGCAAAGAAACACUUUUGCUCCUGUUACCCACAGCUCAGCAGAGUGGGGAAGCUAUCUCCAAAGGCAUUCCAGACUUUCCUUGAGUUAGUUGCUUCUGAGUUCAGUGGGGAUGAGGAUGAAGCUAUUGAUAACUUGGUGGAAUUUCUGACCAGAAGUGUGGAACGAAGUCACAUGGAGUGCCUGCAAAACUUCACCAGGAAGAAAUGGCUGCACAAUAUCCAGCAAGCAGCUGAGACCAGUGGAGCAAGCAUGGAACCAGUUUACAAAGCAGUGUUUAAGGCCCUCUCCCAGGAUGCAGAAGCCCAUGGGGAUAACAAGAAGAUCAGUGCAUAUAUUGCCCUUUUGGAAGAGAACCAGCUCUCACCAGAGCGGGGACAGAUUCUCCUACACUAUGUGGCAUGUACUGCAGACGAUGCUCCGUAUGUUCUAAACCAGAUACUUUACAGAGACAUGAAAGGAGUAAGCUUUGCAGCUGUUGAAGAGGGAAAGCCAAUCCAUGUUCCGAGAGUUCAGCUCCACGGAAAUAUCCACUUCUGGAACUAUGACCGUCCAGUGGAGGAGAGAAAAGGUUCACUCCUCGUACUGCCAUUGCACGAUGCUCACUGGAGAGUCUUUGGCAUUCUAGGACUUGACAAUCUUCGGGACCAGUGUGGGAAAACCAUCUUUCUGACCCAUGAGAUCAGUUUCUAUCAGGGAGUUUCUCAUGCAUUCAGCAAAGCCUACCACCAUAUCUGCACACUGGAAAACAUUCUACAAAUGACUGUUACUGCUCUGGAGUGGUUGUAUCCCAGGGCACCCAGCAUCCACGCUGUUAUUAUGUACCUGGUGGAGCCUGGCAAAGACAAGACGUGUGACUAUGCUCUGCGCAAGGUGAUUACUACAGAUAACACAGGACAAAAAGAAAUUCAUAGCUCUCCUGUUCUCCUCAGAAAAGAAAACCUCUUAAGAGAUUACCUAUUUAAGUGUGUAGACAGUUCAGAGGUCAUCCGCACUUCUGUCUGUGGAGAAUACCACAUUGCAGUACCUCUCCGUGACCUGUCAGGAAAAGCUCUUGGGAUAUUUGAUAUCAGCAUUGGACACCACCAGAAAUUACCACCUCAUGAACACAAAGACCUGCAGAAAAUGCUAAAGAUUGCCCAAGCUGCCUGCUGCGAGAUACUGAAGAUAUCUUCAGAGGACAGAGAACCAACCUAUAUACUGGAGGCAGAACACUUGCCAAAUUUGAGGCACGCAGGGAUUCUGUUCUACCGGUUCAUGCUGCAGGACCUGCGUGAGUGUGUCCAGAAACUCGAUGCUGAGAGCUUUGCUGAACUGAAGAGCUAUGUAGAACCACCAGCUCUGGUGCAUAACAUAGUUAAGGCUGUGCUGUUGCUUUUCCAUCCAAACUGGAAGGGCUCAGAGAAGAUUGAGAACUGGAGUCAGUGUAUACUGAAACUUGAUGACAAUUUGAUUCAGGAGAUUUACUGCUUUGAUCCAACUGCUGCAUCUGUGCAAGUUCAAGCAGAGCUGCUGCUGGACUGCAUCACUGAGGUACCUGGAGCGGCGGUGCGGCAGCACGGCUCAGUUCCAGCCGAGUACCUGUACGGCUGGGUACACACCUGCCUCGCGCUAGCAGAGACCACAAGGAGCCUGCGCAGUAAAAAAGCUCCAUUUUUAGGCCCUUCGGGCAUCCAGUUCUAGCGUGCCUCCAAUUGCAUCUCUAAUUCCUCAUCCAACCCUAGUGAUUCUGGUAUUUGACAUCUUUUAUUAAAUUCGCUGUCGCUUUUUUGUUUGUUUUUAUGCAUUGCUGCUAAGUAUUUGUUGUUAAGAUGGUAAAAGUCUGUUAUGGAGUAUUAAGAAAAAGCA